AUGAAACAGUCAAUUUGUUUUAUUUUUCUAAUCUUAAUUUGUUUUUUAUUUGAUUUGAAUUAUUGUCGGAAUUUUAAAGGGAACAAACGAGGAAAAAUGUUUAAAAGUCAAAAUAUAACAAAAUAUGCCACAAAUCAGUUGUGCAAGAAAUAUUAUAAACGAAGAAUUGUAGAUGGAGUAAUUCAAGAUACGGAACAAACUAGUAAUGGAAAUGAGGUAAAGGAUAUUGGCCUAUCUCCACUUUUCAUAGAGGAGGGGGGGGGGAUUCAGAUUUGGACAAUUUAUAUUCAAUCGAAUGAACUCUGA